UCACCACCGAUCUCCCUGAAAUCGAAGUCCGUCGCCACUCGCUCGCCGGCCAAAAUGGAAGAGCCGCCGCCGCCGCCGUCGCCGUCGCCCGGUGCGGAUGCCGCGGAGGAGACGGAGAAGAGCCCGCCGCCGUGCCCGAACACGGUCACGGUGCGCCGCAACCCUCACCGCCGAGCCAGGCCGACGCCGUCGACGACCGCCGCUCGUAAAUCGCCUGGCUCGCGACCCCCGAAACCGAAACUACCGGACAUCUCUUCGUUUCGACUGGAGGAGAUCCUCUCUAGCGACGCUUCGGAGUCCGAGUCGGAGAAUCUCAAGGUGUACCUUCGAAUCAGACCUCUCGGCGUCGGUAGUGCUCAGGGAUCCAGAAGGAACCGCGACACGGUCGAGUCAAUUGCUAGGGCUCGGAACGUGUGGCCGGUGAAUCCGGCGAGGAAGAAGGACGCGAGAGAGAAGAGCGUGAGGAAGAAGCAGCAGCUGAGCAGUGAGGUCUGUGUCACUUUGAAUGAUGGCACGUCGGUGACCUUGACGCCUCCGGUAGCUCUGCAGGAGUCUAAGAGGAUCAAAUCCGAGGUCUACGGAGGUUUCUCUCGGGUCUUCUCGUCCGAUUCCACGCAGGAUGAAGUGUAUGAAAGCAUGGUGAAGCCUCUUGUGGAUGAUUUUUUAAGGGGUAAAAGUGGGAUGUUGGCUGCCAUGGGGCCUAGUGGCUCUGGCAAGACUCAUACAGUUUUUGGGACUCCCAGAGACCCGGGCAUGGUGCCUCUUUUGCUGAGACAGAUUUUUGAGAAUUCUAAGGGAGGAAUCAUUAAGUCCCCGAGGUCAUUCUUACUUUCAAUGUUUGAGAUAUGCUCAGAACGAGGCAAAGGGGAAAAGGCCUUUGAUUUGUCUAAUGGCUCUGAGCUUUCAAUGCAACAGUGGACUUUGAAAGGUCUUCAGGAGGUCAUGGUUACCGACUUAGAACAGGCAGAGUCCUUAAUAGCCCGUGGAAUGUUGAAGCGUGCCACGGCCAUGACGAACACAAACAGUCAAUCAAGCCGAUCUCAAUGCCUGAUUAACAUCCGUAAUGUGUCUACAAAACAAGAUGGAGAAGAUCAAUCUAAUGCCGCCAUUAUAACAAUUGCUGACCUGGCUGGAGCUGAAAGAGAGAGGAGAACUGGAAAUCAGGGGACAAGAUUACUUGAAAGUAAUUUCAUCAAUAACACAUCCAUGGUUUUUGGUCUAUGCUUGAGAUCAUUGUUGGAGCACCAAAAAAAUCCAAAGAAAGUGUUGCAGAAGCAUUACCAGAAUUCUUUGUUGACCAGAUACUUGCGAGAUUACCUGGAAGGCAAGAAGCGAAUGACAUUGGUAUUGACAGUUAAACCAGGAGAAGAUGACUACCUUGAUGCGUCAUAUCUUCUGCGGCAGGCUUCACCUUAUACAAAGAUUAAGUUUAACAAAAUGGAGGAAUCUUCCAAUCCAAUUGGUACUAAAAGACAUUAUCUGACAGGGCCUAGAGUUGAAGAUCCCAAGAGAAUGAAAUAUGGUGCAAUUGAUGUUUCUGUGGUAGAAGACAGAAAAAGUAGCGGCAAGGUUUCUCUAUCAAUUGCGGAAGAUGCCAGUGUAAAACCAGACGUUGAUAUCUCCACAUCCCAAAAUUUGGAUACCAUUCAAACUAGUGGGAGCGACAGGUAUAAUCGUAUCAUGCAGGGUUUUGCAAAAGCUAUGUGGAAAGUUCUGAAGCAGUAUAAUGAUAAACUGAAGGUAGCAGAUGGUGAAAUCUGUAAUCUCCAAGAAAAUCUUGUUAAGGAGAAGACAAGGUGCUGUGAGCUGGAAAAGGAACUAAUAACUCUGAGGGCCAACUGUACAUGCACCAAGGAAAAUGUCAGAGAGGCCACUUCAGUGAUUCUAAAUGUUGGUUUAGCCUCUGCAGUAAGUGGUUCACAUUCACUCUCAACAGAAGUGGACAGACAUAAACCCGUCGACUCAGAUGAGGUUUGCGAAUCAGUGGUUCUAAAUGUCAGUUCAGACUCUGCAUUAAAAUGUUCGAAUUCACUCUCAGCGGAAGUGGACAGACAUAAACCUGGCAAUUUCAAUAAGGUAAAAGGAGAAAACUUUGGUACAGUUUCUGAUGCAGUUGAGAAUGUUGCCAGUUUGCAAGAAUCUGAUGUCAAAGUGGCAGUACCUGCUUCUGAUGCCGUCGGUGCUUCACAACCUUCUGUUCCAAAGUCCAGUCAGCUGCUUUCUCUGGAAGAAAGUUUUGGUGAGAAUGAGAAUGCAGGGAAAUAUUUUAUGGACUUACAAUGUCUCAAACUCGUGGAUGAUCUUUCUGAUGCCAAUUCGAAAGGUGCAGAUUUAUAUUCUCAGCCACUUGUUAUGGUCAGGAAAAACAGCUGUUCAUCAGUGGAGCUCGAUCAGCUGCUCAGCGAAGACGAUGAGAAAUCAUGUGAUCAACUGGCAUCAGUUGACAAGGAUUUAGAAUCUACACAAGCAUGUAGCUUUGGCAGUUCGGUAGAAGCUGAACCGGGGCUCAAAUCUUCCUACAAAUGCCCAAGUCUGGAGAAGCCAAAAAGGAGACUAUUGCCUGCUUCGUCCAUAUUGUUGAGAGAAAUGAGCACUUUAGAUGUAGAGGAUGAGAUGGAAAAACCAAGGGGAAACAGGGGACAGAAGAAACUACCGGCAGAAGAAAUAAAGAGAACUCACGGGAGCACCACUUUGCUACGGUUGCUGAAAAAGUAACCUCAUGCAUAAAGCAGUGGAGUCACUUAGCAACUGGUUGCGUCAAUGUGUACAGUUGAGGCGUUUCUUUAUUUUACCCAUGUUUGCUUGAAAGUGAAGUCAUCUCACUGUGGAUGAUUUGUCAAGAUCAUGCUCCUUUGUUCUUGACAAGAUCGACGGUGUUUUUGAACAUGCCCAAUUAUAGGCUGAAGAUUUGGCCUCAUAUUGGGACGUGAACGAGCAGUGUCAUAGACGUACAUACGAAGUCGGAGAUGUACUUAAACAUGCAGCCUACACCUUGACCGACUCAGUGUUAUGAUAAUAUACACCUACGAUGAGUUUUGACAAAUUCUUGUUUUCUUUUUGUUUGACUCAGUGAGGAUCUUUUUGGUAAAAAAAAUUGGCUAAAAAGCCCUUGAACACUAAAUUUUACGGACUCUGGAGUAGAAAACUCCAAUUAUUA